AUGGAAAAUUGUUUUACUUCGAAUUCGAGUGUUCAUGGUACUACAGCAUUAGAAUACGGUACAUAUCGACAAUUUAAAAUAAUUGGAGCUAAUAUUAAAUCUCAAAUUUCUUCUUUAAAAAUCAACAACAAUAAAGAAGAAUUUAGAGAUAAAUGUAAGAAAUUGGCUGAUUAUCUAAUUACUAGUAAGCCUCCAUAUUCAUAUAUUAAUGAACGUCUUUGGAAAGGAGCACUCAAGACUUGGUACAAGCACUACUAUACAGGACUAUCUCAACAUGGCGGAUGUUUUAUGAUUUUAAAUCAGGAUGAAAAAGAAAUUUUACAAUUAGUUUAUGAUGCAGAGGAUUUCUGUGAAAAAAAUAAAGAAUAUAUUGAUAAACUACAUCCUUUUAGAGUAGGUAAUAGUAGUACAUACAAUUGUAAUAAUGAUGAUAAUUGCAUAAGUAAAUGUAAGGAAUAUAAUGAAUGGAUAAUAGAAAGGAAAGGACAUUUUAGUGCUAAGAGAGAAAUUCUUCAUAAAGAUUGCACAGGAAAAAAAAAAUUAUACCAACUUCUAAAAAAAACAUGCAAUAUACAGAAUUCUAGCACAUUUACUAAAAUUAUUGAGUCCAAGUCCUCGGCUCCAACUAUACAUAUUGUAGUUCCAGAAAAAAAAGAAGACGAAAGUUCGUUGGCAGAACAGAAUUCACCUGAAUCACAAGAGCAAUCUCCACCAAAAUAUAAAGCUUCGUCCGAACAGAUAACUCGAGUAGAAAGACCACCUCCAGUCGAAACUCUGUCUCCAGGAGAGAUGGAUACAGCAAACGAAUUGAUGUCAUCAAAGGAACAGAAACAUCAUGUUGAAAAAGCAUCGCCUUUCAGUGACCCAACUCCUGUAACUCUAUCUAAUGAAAAUACGAAAGCACAACCUAUAAAAGUUCCACAAUCACAAAAUCAUAAAGGUUUUGUAUCUGAAGGUGCAAAAACAACAUUCCAGCAUCAGGAAACAUCAGAAAGAACUGAUAAAAGUAUUUCUUCUAUACCUUUUAAAGCGUUAAUUAAUGACUCUCCUUCUCCUUUUCAUCUUGAACUCCCUAAAAUUACAGAAUCAGCUGGAAAUAUCUCUGAUAAAUAUAUAUCACCUAUAUUAAUAAGCAUUAUUAUUAUUAUUAUAUUUUCCCUUUUUAUUAAACAUAUGCCAUUGAUUUUUUUAAAAAAAAAAAAACAUAUUAAACGAAAACAUUUGAAACUACUGCGAAUAUUAGUACCUUCAUAUCCUGGCAGAAAAAAUAUGUUUUUAACAUAUGAUAACUUAGAACCCUCAACAUAUAAUAAUGAAGAAAACAUAAGAAAAAUAAUAAUAAAUGAGCAAAACUUAGAAACAAAUGUAAAAAAAAUAAACAAAAAGAAGGAUGUGUCAAAAACUAUUAUUGAAGUACAUAUGGAAGUACUAGAAGAAUACAAAAAUGAAGUAUGGGAAUCCGAUAUAGGCGAAUUUUUAGCAAUAUGUUUAGAAGAGUUUAGACAAGAAAAAUAUAAUUCCCAUCAUAAUUUAAAAAAUGAUGAAAUAAUAAUAGAAAAUAAUAAGUGUAGAAAUGAUACUGAUAAAAAAAAAAUUCUAUGGAAUAAAUGGGCAGAAAGACAUAAAAAUCUCUCUGAAAAAUUAAAAAAAGAAUAUUGGUUUAAUAGCUUGAAAAAUGAAUGGAAGAGUGAACGAGAUUCCAUAGAAAGAAGUAAAAAAUUAAAGAAAAAACUUUCAAAUAAAUAUAAAAAAGUUCCAUCUUCAGAAAUAGAGAAAGAUGCAUGGAAAAAAUGGAUAUCAAAGAAGGGUAUAGUUAUAGGACAAUAUAUAGAAAAGGAUUGGCAUAAGUUAAUGACGGAAGGACUAAAAAAUAUGACAGAUAAAUGCGUAAAUUACGAAACUAAAAAGGAUAUGACAAUAACAAAUUUGGAAGAAUUGAAGAAAAAAGAAUAUAAUGAAGAACUAUAUAAAUACAUAAAAAAAAAAUUACUACAAAAACUGUGCAUACUUGUACUUAUGAUGGUAUUAGAAGAAUGCAGAAAAGAGGAGAACAUAGAAAAUAAUGAAUCAUAUUUGGAUAGUUCUAUAUAUGAAUGCAAGAUAGAAAAAAAUUCAUAUGCAAAAUCAGAAAUUAUAGAAGACAUAAAUGAAGAUAAAGGAAACGUUUUGGAAUACAGGAAAAAUGAGGAUAUUUAUGAGAGUAAAGGGGGACACACUUUUAUACAUGAAUUGAAUGAUUGGAUAAGAGAAGAUAAUACAUAUAUAAAUUCUAUAAAAAAUGAGGACUUAUCAGAAACAUCCUGA